AUGUCUCGAAAGAGUCAAGAAGAAAUGCUUAUGGAAUGGUUAGAGAUUCCACUAAGCAGUGAUGACGAUCUUGAGUGUUUCUCUGACGAUUCCAUUCAAGAUGAGACAUAUGUUGCUCCAGAAUCUGUUGAUUGUGAUAGUGACAGUAGUGACGAAGAAAGUCAAGUACCAGUAAUUAGGACUGAAGAUGUUUCUGGAACAAGACAAUCUGAUGUUAUAAUGAAGGAAUCGACGUCACAGUUGUCUGAUAAUGCUCUGAAACUGCCAUGCAGCAGCAAAAAUGUUACCAAAAACAGCAGGAGUGUGGUUUGGAAAGAUAAACAGUUGAUUAUUCCCGAACUGCAGUCAAAAUUUCAUGGCAAUACUUCGUUACCAGAAGAAGUAAUAAACUUAGAUACUCCAUACCAAUUCUUCAAACAUAUAUUUCCAUCUAAAUUGUUUGAUCUAAUUGUCGAAGAGUCUCAUAGAUACAGUGUGCAGUGUAAUCCUGUUAGACCAAUAGAUUUAUCCUGUGAUGACAUAAAAAAAUUUAUUGGCAUCUGUCUCAUAAUGUCAAUAGUUCAUGUACCUAAUACGAGGGAUUACUGGGGAGAAGUUACUGGUACUCAUCUGAUCAAGACAACAAUGACAGUGAAUCAGUAUGAGCAAAUACGUAAGUUUCUUCACUUCAAUGACAACAGUGCAAUGAUACCCAGGGGUGAAAAAGGUCGUGAUAGACUCUUCAAGAUAAGACCCAUAAUAGAAUUGAUGAGAUCUCGGUUUCAAACAAUACCUGUUGAGGAGUGUGUUUCUGUUGAUGAACAGAUAUGUUCAACAAAGGCUAGAAGUUAUUUGAAACAAUACAUGCCAAACAAGCCUCAUAAAUAUGGAUACAAAUUAUUUGUUAUUAGUGGCAUAUCUGGUUAUGCCUACGAUUUUGAGAUUUUCACUGGAGAUGAAAAUGAACCAGAAAAAAGAGUGACUGGGGAUGAAGACUUGGGAGCAAGUGCAAAUGUUGUAGUUCGACUCAGUAGGAUACUACCAAGAAAUAUGAACCACAAACUGUACUGUGACAAUUAUUACACAAGUCUGCCACUGCUUGUAUGGUUACAUAAACAAGGAAUUUACUCGCUUGGGACAGUCAGAAGAAACAGAGUGCCAGACUGCAAGCUCCCUUCAGAAGCUGAGCUGAAGAAAAUGGCACGAGGUGCAUCAGUAGAGCGCGUCGCAACAGUGGAUGGUGUCGACAUAUCAAAUGUAGUGUGGAAAGAUAACAAGAGUGUGAUGUUGCUUUCUACACUUGCUGGACAGCAGCCUAUUCAUGAAGCAGGGAGGUAUGACAAAAAAACAAAGUCAAGAAUAACAAUACCUUGUCCACAAAUAAUUAAGCUCUACAAUAAACAUAUGGGAGGUGUUGACCUUCUUGACAGCAUAAUGGGUCGACAUAAAAUUCUUGUGAAAAGUCGAAAAUGGUAUAUAAGAUUGUUUUACCAUCUCCUGGACAUGGGAGUAGUCAAUUCCUGGCUGUUGUAUAGGAGAGUAGCAGAAACCAAAGGGAUUAGGAGAACUAUGAAACUCUCCGCAUUUCGAAUGGAAAUUGCUCACUGUUUGUGUCGCUCAGGUCAAACUUCAGCAAAACGUGGAAGGCCAAGUAAUGAACUCGAAAACCAAAUACAAGCUAAGAAGACAAAGGGGCCCACAGCACAUGUACCUCCACAAGAUGUAAGGCUGGAUCAAGUAGGUCACCUGCCUUCGUACUUGAAAGUGAGACAGAGGUGCAAAAUGCCAGGAUGCAAGGGAUUUUCCUGGGUGCAGUCUACCAAUCUAGAGGCACUUGACCUUAUGGACAGGCGGCUGGAGACUGUGCGCCAGCAACAACAGAUGCUGGGACAGCCUCAAGCAGAUAAUGAGAUGUCGGAGCAGCCUCCACCACACCGCAAGCAGCAGCUCGCAUGA